CGCUUUUUAAUUUCCCUAAAUCCCGAACCAUAACCCUAAUUCCUCCUUCGCAGUCGCCAUAAGGACUCACGGUCGUCUACUCCCUCGCUCGUGCUUGUAGACGGCGAGCGGUUGUGUUCCAGUAUAUAGCGGGGUGAGUUGAAUGGUUUCCAUGGGAAGUAAUGGCCGCAUGCCGCUUAAUAUGCGUAGGGCACUUCCAGGUCCGGGAAUGUUCCACCCAGAGCCUUUUGGUCCUGGCGUUCGUCCGCCACUCGGCGCUUUGCCUCAUGUGCUUCCGCCAGAUGUUAUUGAACAGAAGCUUGCUGCGCAGCAUAUGGAGAUGCAAACGCUUGCCAGCGAGAACCAAAGACUAGCAGCUACUCAUUCAGCUUUGAGGCAUGAAUUAGCAGCGGCUCAGCAUGAGCUGCAGAGGUUGCAAACGCAUAUGUCCGCUGGAAAAUUCGAGCAUGAACAGAAGAUGAUGGCGAUGCUCGAUACAUUUGCGAAGAUGGAAGCUGACAUUAGAGCUGCCGAGCCUCUUAAGGUGGAGCUACAACAAGCGCAUGCAGAAGCUCAGAGCUUGUUUGCAGCUAGACAGGAGCUGAUUUCUAAAGUGCAGGAAUUGACCCUGGAUCUGCAGAAAAGUCAUGGAGAUGCACAACAGAUUCCCUCUUUGAUAUCCGAAUUAGAUGUUCUAAGGAAGGAGUAUCAGCAUUGCAGUGAUACUUAUGAUAAUGAAAGAAAAUUGCGAAUUGAUCAUCAUGAGUCACUUCAAGUUAUGGAGAAGAACUAUGUUUCAAUGCUUGGGGAGGUGGAAAAGCUUCAGAGGGAAUUGGUGAAUGCUGCUCACGCUGAUAAGACAGGGGGAUCAUAUGGUAGCAAUGUGGGAUACAAGGAGAAUGAGUCCUCCCGACAACAUGCUGUUGUGCAAAAUGCCUACGAAGAUGGCUAUCGAGCUCCCCAGGAACAUGGACCUGCAGGCACUGCAGCACAAUUUGGAGGGGCUCCUGUUCGUGCUGCCCCUGCUCCUCGAUCUGGAUAUGAGGUUGCUAGAAACACUGGCUAUGAUGCUCCUAGAAAUAUGGGGUAUGAUAAAUCUGCAGCUCCACACUUCGAAACAUCGAGGCCCCCCAGUUACGACCCACCUAGAGGUCUGAACUAUGAUGCUGCAAGAGGUCCUGGGUAUGAAGCUCAUAGUAUGACAGGUGGAGCACAAGGAGCCGCAGCAACUGCAAAUCCUGUUCCCCAUAUGAAUGCCCAGAUGCAGACACCUUAUGGAUCAGCACAAGCCCCUGCAGCAUACGGAACACAUUUGCAAGCCACUUAUGGUACCCAGCAGGUUUCAAACCGCCCUACAGGGGGUUAUGAAGCACCGGCUCGCGGUGCAGCUCCUGGUGGAGGGGGUUAUGAAGCACCGGCUCGUGGUGCAGCUCCUGGUGGAGGUGGUGGAACUCAGGGGCAUAGAUGAGGUUUUGUUUUCAUCUAGUUAGUUGGGAUUUCAUGAUGAUAUUGAAGUUUAAAUAUCCACUGUUACCUUCUUAAGUUAAUACUUCUGCUUUCAUGGUUUACAUCAUUUUGUUAUCUACUACACAAACUAUGUUUAUGUUGGUCGAUUCAUGUUGCA